ACGCAGCCUCAUGUCCAGUCGAGUGUAACCACAAGCCCACGGGAAUUUGCUGUCCAAUGAAGACCCCACAAAACGACAAACUCCAAUACCACACACCUCCGCUUCCCUCCAAAUCGCAACAGAAAUCCGAAGCGAAAUCGCGCACGCACCGUCUCGCGAUGCCGUCCCCGUCGCUCCGCCUCGCCGUCGUCGGCGCGGGCGCCGCCGGCCUGGUGGCGGCGCGGGAGCUCCGCCGGGAGGGCCACUCCCCCGUGGUGUUCGAGCGCGCCGCCUCCGUGGGCGGCACGUGGCUCUACGACGCCGCCCCCGCCACCUCCGACCCGCUCGCCGCCGGCGCCGCCCACUCCAGCCUCUACGCCUCGCUCCGCACCAACCUGCCGCGGGAGGUGAUGGGCUUCCUCGACUUUCCCUUCGCCUCCUCCGCCGCGGAGGCCGGCGGCGGCGGCGACACGCGCAGGUUCCCCGGCCACGACGAGGUGCUCCGGUAUCUGGAGGAGUUCGCGCGGCGGUUCGACCUGUACGGCCUCGUCCGCUUCGGGACGGAGGUGGUUAGGGUUCGGAGGGAUGGCGGCGGCGGCGGCGGGAGGUGGGCGGUGACGUCGAGGAAGAUCGGGGAGAAGGGGAGGCGUGAGGAGGAGGAGGAGGUGUAUGAUGCCAUCGUGGUUUGCAAUGGCCAUUACACGGAGCCUCGCGUCGCCCACAUACCUGGGGUGGAGGCUUGGCCUGGAAAGCAGAUGCAUAGCCACAAUUACCGCGUUCCAGAGCCUUUCCACGAUCAAGUAGUGAUCAUAAUCGGGGCAUCAGCAAGUGCAGUAGACAUCUCAAGGGACCUUGCAGGUGUUGCAGAAGAGGUUCAUGUUGCUGAUAGAUCAGCACCUGCCUGCACUUGCAAAAGGCAGCCUGGAUAUGAUAAUAUGUGGCUCCAUUCCAUGAUUGAUCAUGCACAAGAAGAUGGCUGCGUGGUGUUUCAGGAUGGCAGCUCAAUCAAAGCCGAUGUCAUCAUGCACUGUACUGGCUACUUGUAUGAUUUUCCAUUCCUUGAGGAUGAUAGCGCCAUCACCGUUGAUGACAACUGUGUCGAUCCACUAUACAAGCACGUUUUCCCACCAGAAGUAGCACCUCACCUGUCCUUCAUCGGAUUGCCAUGGAAGGUCAUUCCUUUUCCAUUGUUUGAACUCCAAAGCAAAUGGGUUGCCGGCGUGCUAUCAGGACGAGUCAAGCUUCCUUCGAGCGAAGAAAUGAUGGAAGAUGUGAAAGCCUUCCACUCGAAAAUGGAAGCGCGUGGAUGGCCUAAGAGAUACGCCCACAACUUUUCAGACUGUCAGUUUGAAUAUGAUGAUUGGCUUGCGGAGCAAUGUGGCCAUCCACCAAUUGAACAAUGGAGGAAGCUGAUGUAUGCUGCUAAUUCAGAGAACAAGGCUGCUCGUCCGGAGAGUUACCGCGAUGAGUGGGACGAUGAUCAUCUUGUGGCAGAAGCAGCAGAAGAUUUCAAGAAAUACUUGUAAAAUCUCAAGAAGAUUUCAUUCAAUGUACAUGAUUGCAAAUUUGCAAUGCAGAAAACAUCAGAGAAUAAUUCUGUACACCCAAAAUCUCAAUUCAUGUCUGGAAUGGGCACAAAUGCUCGUCAUCAGAUAGUUGGUUUACUUGUGUAUUAUUUGAUCAUUUGAUGCCUGUAGAUUGUAAUAAUAACCUGAAGCAAAAACAAGAGAAUAAUUCUGUGCAUGAGAAAGGAGAAACCUUGAGUCUGGAACGGA